GCAGCGUACAGGGUGCUCGCCGACGGCGCGGAGGAGUACGCAGCGUCGGUUCGCCCUCCGACUGACGACGAGCAUACCAAGCAGGCCGUGGCUGUGUGGGCCGACGGUGCAACGUGGUUCAUCACGGCGGUGAGUGCAAAACAAUGGGCGAGUAAGAACUCUGAUGAUGCUGUUCCGUCUAAGGAGCACAAGGACGGCGGGCACGUGAAGGUCGUGUGGUACAAGCGCCUCAAGGAGCAGUUCGUCGCCAUCAGGCACGAGAAGGACGACGGUUCUAGACCAGAGCAGUUUGCGCAGAUGAAGGUCCCCGAUGGUGAGGUUGACAAGAUCACCGAUAAGUUCAAUGAGUUCGUCGACAACUACGUCGCCAAGACGAGGACCAGGGAGCAGACCGUGGACGACAAGGACUCGUUCAUUGUCGCGAACGGCUGGGCGCAGGUGUCCAAGAAGAUCGGUCGGAAGCGAGCUGCAGCUGAG